AUGCAUGUCCGCAUAUGUCUUCUUUUCUUGCCAGUAUUAGCAUCAACGGCUAUUGACAGGCGCGCGAUUGUUGAAUCGUUCAAAGUCAUCAGGACUGAAGUGCCGACAACCAUUGACAAUGCAACUACACCACUUCAAGUUGGUAACGGCGACUUUGCAUUCAACGUGGACAUCACCGGAACCCAGUCAUUGGUACCUUUCAAUACAUUGUCAAGUUGGGGCUGGCACAAAGACAGACUUCCUGAAAAUGGUGAGAAAAUUGGCGACUAUCAUGGAGUAGCAAUUGAGACACACGGAAAGGAUGUUUUCUAUGACAUCGAAGAUCCAGAAUUACCGGAAGUUUCGAAAUGGCUCAGCGCAAACCCCAACCGAAUCAAUUUAGGUCGGAUCAGCCUCGCGUACAAGAAUAAGCCUUUGUCAACAAUCACAAAACCUCAUCAGGAGCUCAAUCCUUGGAAUGGAACGGUCGUCUCCAAUUUCCAAAUCGAUGGACACCAUACGAGAGUGAUUACGCAAGGAGACUUCGAGACAGACUCUGUUGCAUUCGAAAUUCAAUCCGACUUGAUUUCGACCGGAGACUUGAGCGUCUUAUUCGACUUCCCAUAUCCCCCAAUUCACAAAGUUGAGAAAUCAUCAGACUUUGAGGUUUUUAUGGGAACAUAUGACCUAAAGUCAUCGCGGAAUCAUACAACAUCAAUCGUCAACAACUCUUUCUCCCAACAAAUCUCAGCUCACAUCUACCACGAGAUGCAAGAGACGGCGUACUACCUGAACUUACGGUGGCCUCAUCAAACACCACUCGGCCUGGCUCAGGUUCAGAAUGAAGACCAGAACGGAACAACCGCCCAUCGCUAUACGUUACGUCUCAGAGAUGCUUCUCAGGAUUAUAUGUCCCCGAGUAAGCUGAUCUUCACUGCUAAUUACAGCCCUAAAUUGGAGAUUCCAUCGCUGCCAUCAGAGAUACAAAAGAGAAACGUUGUUGGGUGGCUGAACUACUGGCAGGAAGGAGGCUUUGUGGAUCUCACGAAGUCGACAAACCCCAAUGCGACGGAGUUGCAGCGGCGUAUCAUCCUUUCUCAGUACGCGAUGAGGGUCAAUAGCGCUGCUACUGGCCAACCCCCUCAAGAAAGCGGCCUUGUUUACAACGGUUGGUGGGGAAAGUUUCAUCUCGAAAUGGUUAUCUGGCAUUGUGCUCAGUGGGCCACGUGGGGACGACAACAAUAUUUUGAUCGAAUCUUCCCGUCUGUGUACGAAAGUCUCUUGCCUAGCUCAGAGGAAAGAGCUCGCAAGAUGGGCUGGGAUGGAGCCAGGUGGCCCAAGAUGACCGAGCUUGUCACAAAAGGCAUUGCACCUGGCGAGACGCGCGCAUUUCUCCAGUGGCAACAGCCCCACCCGAUGUAUCUGGCAGAAUUGGCCUACAAAGCCACUCCGACCACCGAGACCCUUCAACGAUGGGAUCGUGUCAUCACAGCAACAGCCAACUACAUGGCAUCCUUUGCGUGGCUUAACAAUCAAACUGGUAGAUAUGACAUUGGGCCCCCAAUCCAGGGGGUUACCGAGAACUCUUCUCCAACCGAGAUCUCCAACUUGUCAUACGAACUCGCUUACUGGCAAUGGGCUCUUGCAUCCGCCUAUAAUAUGGCUCCACCACCUCAAUUCGAAGGGUUAUAUGCCCCUUGGGUUGGUGGCGGGUUGAAUGCAUCAUGGUGGGAUGAUCCAACGCUGAAGAAGGAUCCGCGCAGUGUCAUUAUGCUUCAGGGAAUCUUGCCCGACACACCGCUGGUGGACCCUGCCGUUGGCCUUAGGACGGCCGAUAAAGUAUGGGAGGCUUGGGGUGAUGAUCAGAUCCGAGGCUGGGGCCGAAACAUUUUGGCCAUCAAUGCUGCACGAGUCGGGAAUCCAGAGCGCGCCAUCUAUCAUUUAACAAACUUCGGAUAUUGGACAUUCGGUGACCAGGGCUUUGCCCACCGAUCUGGACCAAGUCCAUCUCCGCCUCCGUACUUCCCCGGCAACGGCGGGUUUCUUCUGGCGAUCAGCUAUAUGGCAGCCGGCUGGGAAGGCUCUAAGGGGCAUGCCCCUGGGUUUCCGAAAGACGGCUCCUGGACCGUUAAGCAUGAAGGACUAAUGCAAUCUUUGUGA